ACGCUGUUCUUUGCAUCUGCCGAGGUUCGCGAUGAUCCUCUUCGACUUUCAGCUGCAGCGGUCCCCUAUGGCUUUCUCAGGAUGAGCAGCCAGCUUGCGUGAAAGUGUCAAACAGCUGUUGUGCAUCAUGACAAAAGCCUGUGAUGCUUGUUACAUUCGGCGGACAAAGUGCUCUGGCAGCCAACCAUGUCGAUGCUGUACUAUUAGCGAUCUGAAUUGCACAUACGAGCGACGUCAUAAGAAGCGUGGCCCUCAGGGCAAAAAUGUUGCUCAAAUUAGGGCUACACUUGGCUCGGGAGCCAGCUCUUCGCCGUCCACAUCACCCUCAAACUCCACGGAGCCGUCGAGGCUGCUCCAGCAAGCUGCUUCUUCCGAGCAGCCGAGCUUGCUAGAUUGGAACGAGGAUACCUUCUUAUUCGAGCCGGCCACAGCUUUGGUAUCUGACAUAUUCACUGUUCUCCCAGGUGGGGAAGGCCUGGACGGUGGCCUGUUUCAAAUUGAGCCUCAUCAUCCUCCGAUCCCCUCUUUCGCCUCCUCUACCUCGUUAUCAGAUCCUUCCAUCAUCCAGCCGCAACAUGCCGGGGCUUCCCAGCUGCUUCUGCUCGAGGACUACCUAUCAAAUGCUCUGCAGCGGUUCUUGAUCCACAUCUUUCCCCUCUACCCAGUCAUCGACGCCGAAGAGGUUCAAAAGCGAUUCGUCGAUCAAGUCCACCUACAUGAUAAGCAGUUUGCUGCUCUCGUCUUGUCCAUAAGUGCUUUGGCGGCCCUUCUACCCGCUGCAGACAUGGCAAAGACUUUGGCUGCUAGGAACAAGGCCAAUUCUCUGGUCGACAUGGCCAUUGGACUUCACAAUACGGCCGAUUUGGGGGACCGACCGACUCUGGAUUGCAUCACCACCAGCAUGAUGUUGUCAUCAUCAGCACUGAUUCUCAAGGGUCCAACUGUGGCAUACAUAAGACACCGCGAAGCUAUCAGCCUUGCCGAAGUCCUCAACCUCACUGAACCUCAGGCGUACGAGAAUUUCGAUGAACCGAAUAAGGAGCGAGCGUUGCGGAUCUAUUGGGCUCUAGCUAUAGCCGAGCGAUCGAACUCUCUGAUCAUGUCCCGCCCAAUCACCUUCAGGUCGGCGUUGACCUGCCUUCCCUUGGGUUUUCCCAUCCAAUCCGGGCUGUCGCUCGCGCUUCGGCCUACGGCUCGGCUUUAUGAGCUCAUGGAACCGUCACUCAUCGACUGUAUCAUUGGAAAAUGCUAUCCACAGACAUGUGGACUCAGUACACAGCUUGCUCUUAGUGCGCAUCGUAGUCUCGCGGACGUCAGUGUAGAAGGUUGCGUCUCCGAAGUCCAAGUAGCAGAUACGCUGCUCAGUGCCCAGUGGAUGCACGUCAAAAUCUGGCAAGCUUGCGUGACACACUCACUGCUCAACUUCAGGGCGUCACAGCCCGAAUUGCGGAUAGAGUACCCAAUCGAUUGUCUAUCAGCAACCGUGGCUGCCACGCAGAAAAUUUCGAGGCGGGCUAUCUGCGGCAAUGGCCAUGUGAUGGGAUUGAAGCUCAAAGUCAUUGCGGAGGCAGCUGAAGCCACCUUAAAGCUGCCAGAACCACCGAAGCUAUCGGCUCAAUUCUCGUCUGUGGACAUGGUGGAGCGAUCCAUCUUGACGCUUAAAUGCCUGGCGACAGAAGUUGCAUCGCUGCAGUGGUUUCGAUGGCAUGAGUCUUCCGCAAUUCCCUCUUGAGAUCUCCCUUGUUUGGUAACCGUUGUAGAGAAGCCCAAUCAUGCACGUUGUCA